AUGAUUUUCAAUCAAUUAAUAUUUUUUCUUUUAUUCAUACUUAUUUUAAAUACUGUUACAGCUCGAUUACAACAUCCAUUUAAACAAUGUUCACCAAGAAGUACUGGUGAAAUUGUUAAAGCUUCCGUCAAUGCUCCAUGUGGCAAUGAAUAUUGCACAUUUUACAAAGGCACUGAUGCUCGUCUUGAAUUUACAUUUAAAUUACGAAAGAAAGCUCAUAAAGUACGAGCUAAAGUAAUGGCAACAAUUGGUACAGUUGAUCAUGAUUUUGCUUUACCAAAUCAUGAUGUUUGUCAACAACUUGGUUGUCCACUUCAAGCUGAUACUGCUUAUUCAUAUCAUAAUAGCAUGUUUGUUAGUCCAACAUAUCCAUCUGUUAAAGUCAAUCAAAUGCGAUACUAUUUAAUCGAUGGUAAAGGACGUGAGCUUGCCUGUGUCUCAUUACCCGUAAUGAUUACUGAAAAAGACUCGAAACAAUAA